GCCGGCCCCGGCCUGCCCGCCCGCCCGGCGCCCCCCGCCCGCAGGAUGUUCAAAAAAUUUGAUGAAAAGGAGAAUGUAUCAAACUGUAUCCAGCUGAAGACUUCAGUUAUUAAAGGAAUCAAGAAUCAACUGAUAGACCAGUUUCCUGUUAUUGAACCAUGGCUAAACCAAAUCAUGCCAAAGAAAGAUCCAGUUAAAAUAGUGAGAUGUCAUGAGCAUAUAGAAAUCCUCACUGUGAAUGGGGAGUUGCUGUUCUUCAGACAAAGAGAAGGGAUUUUUUACCCAACGCUAAGGUUGCUUCACAAAUACCCAUUUAUUCUCCCGCAUCAGCAGGUUGAUAAAGGCGCCAUUAAAUUCGUCCUGAGUGGAGCUAAUAUAAUGUGCCCUGGCCUGACGUCUCCUGGAGCAAAGCUUUACCCUGCUGCUGUUGACACUGUUGUUGCAAUUAUGGCAGAGGGAAAACAACAUGCAUUAUGUGUGGGAGUAAUGAAGAUGUCAGCUGAGGACAUUGAGAAGGUCAACAAAGGGAUUGGUAUUGAAAAUAUCCACUAUUUAAAUGAUGGCCUUUGGCAUAUGAAGACAUACAAGUGAAACAACAAGAACUGUUACUCCAAAGGAAUGCACUUAGAUUAAAUGUGGACUGCUUUGUAAUUCCUUGUUUUUAAUGUGACUGAAUGUACAAAUUAUUUUGUUCUGUGGCUAUGCUAAAUAAAUCAGUUGAAUGCAAAA